AUGGCAAAAGACAAUAUACAACCAGAUCAAUCUUCUAUUUUUCAACGUUUACAACGGUCACAACAGCAAUCAGCAUCAUCAACAUCGAUUCCAAUAACCGAUCAACAAUUUAGAGAUUGUGAUUAUUUUAUGAAUCCAAUACCAAACAAUGACAAACGAAAAUCAAUUCAUGAAUCUGCCAUUGAUUAUACAUAUGAUAAUACUAAUAAUAAUCUAGCAUCCGCAACUGAUUGGCCAUCAAUGGAUAUAACUACAGCCACUAUGGAUAAUAAACAUUAUUUUAGUCUCUAUUUAAUUCGUAUUAAACAUGGUUUAGUUCUUUUUUCUUUAUGUCUUAUUGCUUUUCAAAGUCUUAUUUAUUUAUUAUUAGCUAUAUUUUCUGAAAAACCUUAUUUAUCUCAAUUUAUUCUUGAAAUUCUUGUUUUUAUUGGAAUAUUUUUUCUAUCAUUAAUAUUUAUAUUAUUAUUUCAUCGUGAAAAAUUUUUUCAUAAAUAUGUACAUAUAUCAUGUUUAUUAAUAUGGUUUUUAUUGACAUCAUUUGCAGUAACACCAAUUAUUUUACACCAGUAUACAUCAGUUAUACGUUUAAUAGGUAUUGUAACAUUUUCAAUAAUAACUAUACAUACAACAUUACCUAUAACACGAUCAUGGACAGUUUUAAUGGCUGUAACAACAUCUUUUAUUCAUUUAAUGCUUGUUAUUCGUACACAUGAUAUUCAAGAUCCAAAUAAUCGUUCUCAUAGAAUGGAAUUUAAACUUGAGUUUAUUUGUCUUUCAUUAUUUUUUGUUGCAUGUAAUAUAUUCGGUCUAUGUCAUCGUUACUUAACUGAUGUGCAUCAAAAAAAGACUUAUCAUAAUACAAUGCUUUGUAUUGAAGCUCGUUUAAGACUUGAACGUGAAAAAGAACAACAAGAAACAUUAAUUCUUAGUGUUAUUCCAGCACAUAUUGCUUUAAGUAUGAAAUCAGAAAUGUUACGUAAAGUAAAAGAAACAGCUAAAUAUCAUAACCUUCAAUCUCGUGAUUAUGAUGAUCAAUGUUUAAAUACAAAAAAAAUUAAUACACGUAAAGCAGCAUUUCAUGAUUUAUAUAUAAAAAAGCAUGAAAAUGUCACAAUACUCUAUGCUGAUAUUGUUAAUUUUACACCAUUAUCAGAAAAAUUUACUCCACCAGAACUUGUACAAAUACUAAAUAAACUUUUUGGAAAGUUUGAUCAAUUAGCACAAGAAUGUGAUUGUAUGAGAAUUAAAAUUUUAGGUGAUUGUUAUUAUUGUGUUAGUGGCUUACCGAUAAGUCGACCAAAUCAUGCAUUAAAUUGUGUACGAAUGGGUUUAAAAAUGAUUGAAGAUAUUAAAUUAGUACGUGAAGCAACCGGUGUUAAUGUUGAUAUGCGUAUUGGUAUUCAUACAGGACGCGUAUUAUGUGGUGUAUUAGGUCUGAAAAAAUGGCAAUAUGAUACUUGGUCGGAUGAUGUUACAUUAGCCAAUCAUAUUGAAGCGGGUGGUAUACCCGGUCGUGUUCAUAUUUCUGAAAGUACGUUACUUCAUUUGGGCAAUGAGUAUGAAGUUGAAAUAGCCAAUGGACAUGAACGUGAUGCUUAUAUUGCAAAAAUGGGUAUAAAAACAUAUUUUAUCAUUCAACCUGAUGUACCAAAUGUACAACAUCAAUUAAUGAUGAACGGUGGUGAUACACGUAAAUCAAGUAAAAAAAUACAAAAAUUAUUAGAUACAUGGUCAAAUGAAACGCCAUUUGCUACGCAACAUCUUGGUGAUAAUGAUAAAUCAGAUGCAGCAAAAAGUUUUGUACUUCUUGAAGAUAAUUUAAAACCAUUAGCAGCUUCAUUAGUUUGUUCUUGUCCUCAACGUAGUACAAAUGACCUUGAACCAUUUACACUUGGUUUUAAAAAGCAAGAAAAUAAAGCAAAUAAAACUUUAGAUGAUGAUGAAGGAAAUCGUCGAGCUAACGAAAGUUUAUUUCGUUCAUUACCUGAAUUACGUUAUCGUUAUUAUGUUGCUAAUGCAGCUUGUAUUUUCUUUGCAAUUAUAGUUAUUCAAGCAUUAAUAUUUGAAAAAAAUGCGCUGUAUCUCGUUUUGGUAAUAUGUGGUUUAUGUGCAUUUGGUGCAGUAGCUCUAUUGUGUGUUGUAGAUCUUUCAAAAUUAAAACGUCACAACCAUCGUUCUUUACUUGAUCAAUCAAUUUAUUUAGUAACACAUUAUUAUUUCAUUCGUUUACCGGUUAGUCUUAUAUUAAUAAUAAUUUGUGUUUUAACACCAUUUGCUGUAACAUGGUCAUCACCGAUUGAUUUAAUUGAACCAUUCGACAAUACAACAGCAAUAAAUAGUGAUAUAUUACUUUCAGCAUCUAAUCUUUCAUUUGCACAAAAUCGUUUUAAUCAAACAAUUGUUUUACCAAUUCAUACGAUUAGUAUGGUAUCAUCUUUAACAAAUUCUUUGCUAUUUGAAUUGUGUCCUCACUUUGAAUUUCAUAUAUUACUUAUUCAACUUGCUUUAUUAUCUGUUUCUUCAUUUAUGCAUCUUUAUUUUCUACUCAAAGCAUUAAUUAUGAUUAUAAUUGUAACUAUUUUUGUAUUUUAUUCAUAUUAUUCAAAUAUUUAUAAUAUUAUUGCUAACAAUUAUGGCAUAGCAAGUAGUACAAUACUUAUAGAAACAACAUUUGAAGUUAUUUUUUUUAUUCUUUUAUUAAUUGGUCUUGAUCGACGAUUUGAAUAUAUGAGUCGACUUGAUUUAUUAUGGACAAUUAAAUUUCAAAAUGAAAAACAUGAAGUUGAAACAGUAAGCACGAUUAGUCGAUUAUUAUUAGAAAAUAUUUUACCAAAGCAUGUGGCAGAAAUUAUUAUUAAAGAAAAUAUGAGUCAGGGUCUUUAUCACGAAAGUUACGAUAAUGUUGUUGUUAUGUUUGCAUCAAUACCUAAUUUUAAAGAAUUUUAUGUUCAAUCAGAUGUCAAUAAUGAUGGAUUAGAAUGUUUAAGAUUACUCAAUGAAAUCAUUGCUGAAUUUGAUAAAUUAUUAGAUAAGAAUAAAUUUAGUUGCGUAGAAAAAAUUAAAACUAUUGGUCAUACUUAUAUGGCAGCAGCUGGUCUUAAUCCAGGUGUUGAACAUCGUAUGACAAGAGAACGAUACAAUCAAAAUAUUGUUGCGCUUGCAGAAUUUGCUUUUGCGAUGAUUGCAGUACUUGAAGGGAUUAAUCGAGAUUGUUUCAACGAUUUUAAAUUACGUGUUGGCAUGUGUAAUGGUCCUCUGGUUGCUGGUAUUGUUGGUGCGAAAAAGCCUCAAUAUGAUAUUUGGGGUAAUACAGUAAAUGUCGCCUCACGUAUGGAUAGUACCGGUGUCGUCUGUUGUAUACAUGUUCCUGAAGAAACACAACGAGUCUUAUUUGAACAUGGUUAUCCAUGUGAAUGUCGUGGACCGAUUUAUGUUAAAGGUAAAGGUAAUAUGACAACAUAUUUAGUUCGACCACGUGGUUAUAUGAUGCCAACAUCAACGUCAAAUCUUUCAUCUAUAGGCAAUACAUCGAAUAAAUGA